CCCGAGCCUAAUAAAGGUGGCAUAAAUAAAGGUGUCACAAAGACAGGGUGGGGCGCAUGCUUAUAAGGGGCAUGAGCAUCUCGGGGCUGCCAGAAUGGCUCCCAUUGAGUGCGCAGCACUAGCGUGUGUCAUGUCUUGGCAGCGUUUCUGGGGCCCAUGGCCCUUCCUUACGUGGCAACUAUUGUGUCUACUAGUCAAGGGGGCUCAGCCUCUGGUGUGGGUCAAGGACCUGCUCCAGCUAACCUCUAACCCUCUGGGGCCGCCUGAGCCCUGGUCUUCCCUCUCCUCCCAUCUCCCAUGGGAAUCUCCCCAUGCGCCUACUCCCCGGACAUCCCCGGGGGACUUUGAUUACAUGGGGCCCUCUGCUUCCUCACAGGUGUCAGCCCUGCCUCAGGAAUUGACUGAAAAUUUGGUUCCAUUCCUGGACACGGAUUCAGCUGGAGAGCUGCCCCUGGGGCCAGAGCAGUUCUUGGCUGCACACCAGGAUUUAAAUGACAAGCUGAUUCCACAAGAAAGGCUCCCAGAGAUUUCAAAACCAACCAAAUUUGUUGUUUUGCCCAAGAAUGUGAAGAAAGGUCUAGCUGAGUAUUGGAGCCUUGCUGAGAUUUUUGGGAUUCCACACCAAUUAUCCAAACCUCAGCGUCAGAAACAGACUCUGCAGGAUGAAUUUUCGAGUAUGGACACACUGUAUCCGGGCAGCCUGCCUCCAGAACCCCGGGUGAAUGCAGAUGAGCCUCCAGGGCCUCCUGAGCAAGUUGGACUUUCUCAAUUCCAUCUAGAGCCCAAAACUCAAAAUCCAGAGACCCUGAAAGACAUCCAGUCCUCUUCACUCCAGGAAGAAGCCCCAGCACAGCUUCCACAGCUCCCUCAGGAGGUAGAACCUUCAACCCAGCAGGAGACCCCAGCUCUGCCUCCAGUGUCCUCUGUGGAGAGUCUAGCUCAAACUCCACUGAAUCAUGAAGUGACAGUUCAACCUCCAGGUGAGGAUCAAGCUCAUUAUAACUUGCCCAACAUUACAGUUAAACCUGCAGAUGUGAAGGCUACGAUGACUUCAGAGCCUAAAAAUGAGACAGAAUCUUCCCAAGCCCAGCAGGGGGCCCCAGUUCAGCCUCCAGAGGGGGUGGAACCUUCUGCAACCCAACAGGAGACCCCAACUGAGCCUCCAGGUCCUCCUAUGGAGCCUGAACUUUCCCCCAGUGAACAGGAGCAGCCAGCUCAGCCUUCUGAGUCUUCUGGGGAGGUUGAAUCUUCUCCAGCCCAGCAGGAGACCCCAGCUCAGCCCCCAGAACAUCAUGAAGUCCCAGUUUCACCUCCAGGUCACCAUCAAAUGCAGCAUUCAGAUUUUCCCAAUGUCUCUGUUAAGCCUCCAGACGUGCAGCUCACCAUAGCAGCAGAGCCUAGUGCAGAGGUGGAAACUUCUCCAGUCCAUCACUCUCGGCCAGGUAAUGAUGUAGAACCUCCCACCAUCCAGCACGGGGACACACCUCUGCCUCCAGAGUCAUCAGAAGAGGCUGGACAUUUAGCAGUUCAACAGGAGACUUCAGUUCAAUCUCCAGAACCUAUUAAUAGAGAUUAAAGUGAGAACCCCUCUCCGACCCAGCAGGAGGCUGCAGCUAAGCAUCCACAGACCGCUGAGGAGGGCGAGUCUUCUCUAACACAGCAGGAGGCCCCAGCUCAGACUCCAGAGCUCCCUGAGGAAGUUGUAGCUCAACCUCCACAGCAUCAUGAGGUAACAGAGGCCACAGUUCAGGCUCCAGAGUCCCCUAAGGAGGUAGAACCUUCAAGGCAGCAAAUGGUCCCAGUUCAGCUUCCAGAGCCACCUAAGGAAGUUGCAGCUCAGCCUCCAGCUCAUUAUGAGGUGACAGUCCCAACACCAGGCCAGGAUCCAGCUCAGCACUCAACAUUGCCCAGUGUCACUGUUCAACCUUUGGACCUGGGACUUACCAUCACUCCAGAACCCACUAUGGAGGUUGAACAUUCUACACCCCUGAAGAGGACUAUAGUUCCUCCAAAUCAUCUUAAGGUGACACUUCCACAUCCAGACCAGGUUCAGACUCAGCAUUCACACCUGACUGAAGCCACAGUUCAACCUCUGGAUCUAGGGAUUACCAUCACUCCAGAAUCCACAACAGAGGUUGAACCUUCUACAGCCCUGAUGACUACAGCUCCUCCUCCAGAACACCCUGAGGUGACACUUCCACCUUCAGACAAGGGUCAGGCUCAGCAUUCACACCUGACUGAAGCCACAGUUCAACCUCUGGACCUGGAGCUUAGCACAACUACAGAGCCUACUGCAGAGGUUAAACCGUCUCCAACCACGGAGGAAACCUCAGCUCAGCCUCCAGACCCGGGGCUUGCCAUAACUCCAGAACCCACUCCAGAGAUUGCACAUUCCACAGUCCUGGAGAAGACUACAGCUCCUCAUCCAGACCAGGUUCAGACUCUGCAUCGAAGCCUGACCGAGGUCACAGGUCCACCUACAGAGUUAGAAUCUUCACAGGAUUCACUGGUGCAGUCUGAAACUGCACCAGAGGAACAGAAGGCCUCCACAAGCACCAACAUAUGUGAGCUCUGUACCUGCGGAGAUGAGACUCUGUCAUGUGUUGAUCUCAGCCCAAAGCAGAGGCCCCACCAAGUGCCUGUGCCAGAGCCCAACACCUACAAUGGCACCUUCACCAUCUUAAAUUUCCAAGGAAGCUAUGUUUCAUACAUUGAUAGAAAUGUAUGGAAAGCAUACAGUUGGACCGAGAAACUAAUUCUCAGUGAAAAUUAUUUGACUGAAUUACAUAAGGAUUCAUUUGAAGGCCUGCUAUCCCUCCAGUAUUUAGAUUUAUCCUGCAAUAAAAUACAGUCUAUUGAAAGACAUACAUUUGAACUACUACCAUUUUUGCAGUUUAUAAAUCUGGGCUGCAAUUUAAUUACGGAACUGAGCUUUGGAACAUUUCAGGCCUGGCACGGAAUGCAGUUUUUACACAACUUAAUUCUCAAUCGCAAUUCUCUGACUGCUGUCGAAGAUCCAUAUCUCUUUGAACUGCCAGCAUUAAAAUAUCUAGACAUGGGAACAACGCACAUCACACUUACAACACUUAAGAACAUUCUCACGGUGACUGUUGAACUGCAAAAACUGAGAGAUGAAGUUUCACCAUGCUGGCCAGACUGGUUUCGAACUCCUGACCUCAAGUGAUCCGCCCACUUUGGCCUCCCAAAGUGCUAGGUGUGAGCCACCUCGCCCGGCCUCACUCAGCAUAAUGUUUUCGAGAUUAUGCUACCAUCUCUGUUGUUGCCCCUAUCAGUACAGCUGGCCCUCCAUGUCUGCAGGUUCCUCAUCCAUGGAUUCAACUAACCAUGGAUGGAGAAUAUUUGGAAAAAAUAAAAUAUAUAAAAUACAACAAUAAAAACAGUAGAAAAUUUAAAACACAGUAUAAUUAUUUACAUACCAUUUACACUGUAUUAGGUAUUUAAAGUAUACCCGAGGCUUAUGUCAUUUAUUAUAUCAAGUAUUAUGUCAUUCCAUAUAAAAUACUUCAGCGUCUGUGGACUUUGGUAUCUGCGGGGGGUCCUGGAGCCAAUCCCCUGCAGACACCGAGGGACAACUCUUCACCCCUUUUUAUGGCUGAGUAGUAUUCCAGUUGUGUGGAU